AUGCGCCGCUUGGGCACAUCGCCCGAUUGGUCGCGCGAGCGCUUCACCAUGGACGCAGGCUUAAACAAAGUCGUGACUGAAACUUUUGUGCGACUCUAUAACGAAGGCCUGAUCUACCGUGGCAAACGCUUGGUGAACUGGGAUGUGAAAUUAGGCACGGCGGUGUCUGAUUUGGAAGUGGUGCAGGAAGAAGAAGACGGCUCCAUGUGGCACAUCAACUACCCGUUGGUUGAGCCAGAUACUGUUAAAGGAUUGACGCAUUUAACAGUAGCAACAACGCGCCCUGAAACCAUGCUGGGUGACGUGGCGGUGAUGAUUAAUCCCGAUGACGAACGGUUUAAUCAUUUGGUUGCUAAAUUGGAAGAUGUGGCGAUUGUCGCUGAACUGCCAGAAGCCGAUGCACCUGUGAUGUUGGCAGGGGACUUUAAACUGAUGCUUAAGGUGGAAAUUGAUGUGGCCGCCGAGAAAGAGCGUUUGGGUAAAGAAAUUGCCCGCCUGCAAGGUGAAAUCGCCAAAGCUAAU